UUGCGGUGUAGGCUGUAUUCUUCAUCCUGGAGUAAACCUCGCCAGGUCACCAUGUUGACACAGUGCUCUGAUCGCUCGCGCAGUGGAAAACGCUUUCCUGUUCCCGAGAGCCUCCUGGAUUGUGCAACCGUGCAGCCUUAUGUGCAUAACUGUCUUGUCACCCUGCAUGAAGGAAGACACGUAUAUCAGUUUUGUGUUUUUUUCAAGCGGCACUGCCGUUUAAGAACCAAUCCGCUUCUCAGCAGCAUUGACCACAUAUUCUGA